CCAGCAAGCCUGAAGAGAGGCACUCAUCCGAUUUUAUGAGAUCAGAUUCUUGUAUUCUCUGUGGACAUCAUACGGAUAUAUUUAGACAGAGUUGUCUUCGAGGAACAGAAAACUCCUGGAUCUUUUUUUAUUUGUUUUUAAGUGUUUAGGUCUCUUUUUUUUUGUUGCUUUCCGAAACCCAGGACUGUUAAACUGGUUUAAAUCUGCUUUAAGUUGGCUAUAUACGUACAGCAAUAUUAGCACACUAAAGGAUUAAAAUGGGCUGCUUCACAUUCAUCAAAUUGAUGAUGGUCUUGUUCAACUUGCUUAUCUUUCUGGGCGGCCUGACCCUGCUGGCCAUGGGGAUCUGGGUGAGCGUAGACGGGAGCUCCUUCCUCCGGCUGCUGGGGCCGUUGUCCGGUCAAGGCAUGCAGUUCGUCAACGUGGGCUUUUUCUGCAUUGCCAUCGGGGCCGUGCUGGUCCUAAUGGGGUUCCUGGGCUGCUGUGGGGCCCACAAAGAGAGCAAGUGUCUCCUGCUCACGUUCUUCUCCAUCGUCCUCAUCAUAUUCAUCGCUGAAGUGGCAGCCGGAGUCGUGGCUCUGGCCUACUCUUCAUUUGCUGAGGGGAUCGCCAGAGCGUGGGCCACCCCAGCUUUACAGAAAGAUUACGGCAGUGACCCUGUGGUCACUAAGAUCUGGAACGCCACCAUGACAGAGAUAAAGUGCUGCGGUUUCACCAACUACACCGACUUUGUGGGAUCUCAGUUUGAAAAGGAGAACGGAGGCAGCCUGCCGCCCAUCUGCUGCUGGACUAACAGCCCCCCCUGCAGCCCGCAAGUGGCAAAGCGCAGUGCUGUGGAGGGCUGUUUCAGACACAUCCUGGAGACGGUCCAAAAGCACGCCAACAUUGUGGGAGGCAUCGCAGCAGGAAUAGGAGUCUUAGAGAUUGCUGCCAUGAUAGUAUCCAUGUACCUGUACUGCCACUUGGACGGCAAAAUCAGCUGAGAAUCCUUCACGACAGGAAGCACACAGACGAAUCACAUGUGAUUCACAAGUUUAUUAAUCUGCAUUAUUUAACAAUCACUUAGGAUACUCUCUUUUCUUUCUGGUUCCAAUGGGUUAGGGUUCUCAGAAAGACAUCUAGCUUUAAUAAAAAAAAGUCAUGUUCAUGAUGAGAAUCCAGCGACUGUGUUUUAUGUAGAGAGAAAAGUUUUAUAAGCACCUGCAGAGUGUAAAUAUUUCAAAUUUGCCAAUAAAAUAUAUCAAACAGCAUUCACUGAGUGCUGACUGCA